AAAGUACGCCGCAUAAUAGAGUGCGUUUCCCAAAGGCAUUAGAGUGUUCCAUGACGUUGUAUUCGUUAGUACAUUCGACGAGUCCACACUAGUUUCAUCAUCAUGAGUGAGGAGGUGACAGCCGGCAUUGAAAAUCUCAAUGUAAAAACCGAAAAGGCUAAAAUGAAGGGUAAGGAUAAGAAAUCUGUACCUGAAAAAAGCCCUGUAACUGAACUGAAGCCAUGGCCCACCUAUAUCCAGGAUCGUCUGGACAUGUGGGACAAGCUGAAAGCCGAUUACGACGCGAAAGUGGCUGCGAAAAUUCCGGAUGAGAUAACAGUGACUCUUCCCGAUGGGAAGCAAGUACCAGCUCAAUCCUGGCGUUCAACCCCCUACGACAUAGCCAAGGGAAUAAGUCAGGGUUUGGCGGAUAAUACGGUCAUAGCAAAGGUGAACAACGAGCUGUGGGAUUUGGACAGGCCCUUGGAGUCCAACUGCAAACUGGAACUCAUAAAGUUCGACCACCCAGAGGGUCAACAAGUAUUCUGGCACUCGUCAGCGCAUAUCUUAGGUGAAGCAAUGGAGCGCGUCUACGGGGGCUGUCUCUGCUACGGACCUCCAAUUGAAAAUGGCUUCUACUACGAUAUGUUUCUGGGUGACAAGGGAAUCUCCAACACCGACUUUCCAUACCUCGAGUCUCUGUACAAGAACAUCGUGAAGGAAAAGCAACCGUUCGAGCGUCUGGAGAUGAAGAAAGAGGAUCUCUUGGAGAUGUUCAAGUACAACGAGUUCAAAGUGAGGAUUCUGAACGAGAAAGUCACCACUCCAACUACCACUGUCUACAGAUGUGGUCCUCUGAUUGACCUCUGCAGAGGUCCCCACAUUCGUAACACUGGUAAAGUCAAGGCCAUUAGGGUAACGAAGAACUCGUCGACCUAUUGGGAGGGCAACUGCAAUGCAGAGAGUCUCCAACGUAUUUAUGGAAUCAGUUUUCCCGACACAAAGCAGUUGAAAGAGUGGGAGAAAUUCCAAGAAGAAGCUGCCAAGAGGGACCACAGGAAGAUUGGUCGAGAGCAGGAGCUCUUCUUCUUCCAUGAGCUAUCACCAGGUUCCUGCUUCUUCCAGCCACGCGGUGCUUACAUUUAUAACACCCUUGUUGAGAUGAUCAGAUCGGAAUACAGGAAGAGGGGUUUCCAGGAGGUUGUAACUCCUAACAUAUACAACAGCAAGUUGUGGCAGACGUCUGGCCACUGGGAACACUAUGCUGAAAAUAUGUUUUCCUUUGACGUCGAGAAGGAGACAUUCGCCCUGAAGCCCAUGAACUGCCCUGGUCACUGCAUGAUUUUUGACGUUCGCAAUAGGUCAUGGAGGGAGCUCCCACUGAGGAUGGCCGAUUUUGGGGUGCUUCACCGUAAUGAAUUGUCUGGAGCUCUCACUGGACUCACUAGGGUCAGGAGGUUCCAGCAGGACGAUGCUCACAUAUUCUGCACCACUGAGCAGAUCAAGGACGAGAUGCUGGCUGCACUGGACUUCUUGAGACAUGUCUACACUGUCUUCGGUUUCACAUUCAAUUUGUGCUUGUCGACGAGACCUGAUAAGUAUCUUGGCGAGCUGGAGGUAUGGAACAACGCUGAAAAAGCACUUUCCGAUAGUCUCGAUGCCUUUGGACAGCCCUGGACCCUUAAUCCUGGAGACGGAGCUUUCUAUGGGCCGAAGAUCGAUAUCACUAUUAUGGAUGCGCUCAAGAGGGCACAUCAGUGCGCUACCAUUCAGCUGGACUUCCAAUUGCCCAUCAGGUUCAACCUCUCCUAUGUUAAUGAACACGGAGAGAAGACCAGACCAGUUAUCAUCCACAGGGCUAUUCUUGGGUCUGUCGAGAGGAUGAUCGCUAUUCUCACCGAGUCCUAUGCUGGAAAGUGGCCAUUCUGGCUGUCGCCAAGGCAGGUCAUGGUCAUUCCAGUUGGACCUCCACUGGAUGAUUAUGCAUUCCAGGUUAAGGAGAAGCUCUGGAAUGCUGGGUUCAUGGCUGAAGUUGAUAUUGAUGACAGUGACACCAUGAACAAGAAGAUCAGGAAUGCUCAAUUGGCGCAGUUCAAUUUCAUUCUCGUGGUUGGAGAGAAAGAGAAGGCUGCUGGAACAGUGAACGUUAGAACGAGGGAUAACGUCGUUCAUGGGGAAAUUGAGAUCAGCGAACUCAUCACGAAAUUCCAUAAAUUCAAGGAAACCAAGGAUCGCGCGUGCGAAGAAAAAUUCCAAUAGAAUUCUUUAUGUUGCAGAGGAUGAAUAGUGAAUUAUGGGAAUUUUCUACACGUCGACGAAUAAGUUAAUAUUUAUUUCGUUCCUGCACGACGAUGGUCGCCUUGCGUUUUGCAUUUAAUGUAACUCUCAGAGGAGCUUUUUCAGUUGUACUUUCACAUUUGAAUAAAGAUUAUAGGGAAUUUCGGCAA